GCAAACCCGGAGAAUAUGCAAUGCUUAACGGUGACCAUUCUACGAGGAAAGGGCGGCUUCGGCUUCACCAUCUGCUCUGACUCGCCUGUUCGUAUACAAGCAGUCGAUCCAGGCGGUCCAGCGGAUCAGGCUGGUUUGCAGCAGUUGGACACUGUUUUGCAGUUAAACGGUCAAACGGUCAAACACUGGAAGUGUGUACAACUCGCACAUGCUAUUAGAAACAGUCUCAGUGAGAUCACAGUGGUAGUUUGGCGUACGGGACCGUCUGCUAAGUCCAACUUUGAGGGACUGAUCCAUCAUCCUUCUUACAAGUCCUCUAACUACUAUGAUACUCCAGUUUCCCCGGCUAAAAGCAAGAGGGGGGACAAAACGCCACUGCCUCCACCUCUGCCCGAGCACCGGACCAGCCGUAGGGUUUUAGUCAACGGCUCAGACGGAGGGAGCGGAGCGGGAAUCCUGUGGGGAGAACGGAGGAGCGCGGUGGACGGCAAGACCGGCACCCAGACGCUGAGAGGGACGCGUGUGAAAGCAUCCAACGGAGACGACUAUAUCAUCCUGUCACCUAUUAACCCUGGAAGCCAGGUAUUGGGCUCUGUCUAUGGAGACAAACACAGAACAUUAACUGGCCGGAUGUACCCCACACCUCAGACGUCUGCUCCACCCCCUCCGGCAGCCGGUUCCCAGUCGGCGCCUGGACUGGCCAGCAGAACGUGCUUUCUGCGUCGCUCUGGCAACAGCAAAUCCAAAACACAGCAAAGCGAACAUUACCAACAGCCAACUACCAACUCGAACUUUGCCAACUAUCAGAACUGCACCAUUGUGAGGUCACACGUGCCUCAUGCCAACUAUGGUACCUAUGUUAAAGUGACACCUAAAAUCCUUAUCUUCCCCAUCUUUGUGCAGCCUGUAGAUCUGUGUAGCCCAACUCGAUCUCUGGUGAUCUCUGAAGAAAUGAUUCUACAUGAGAGCAAGCACUUCUUUAUCAAGGUAACAAUCUUCAUAUACUCAGAUCUGAUGUUGGUGACCAGAGAGGAUGAACUGGGACGAUGUAAUGUCCUGCAAAACCCGCUGUACCUCAGACAGCUGCAGCUGCAGGAUGAUCACACUGAAGAUCUGCAAUUCUACUUGAUCCACAUGACAGAGAAAUGUGAUUGUCUUCUGAGUCUGAAAGCGACUUCUCUGGAGCAAAAAGCAAGAGUGUGUCAGUGUUUGAGCGAGAACAUCCAGAAACAGCUCCAGCUGCACGGAAGACAGACGUUCUGCCCGCCUCAGCAGAUGCUGGAACCCAAGCAGGAUGAGCCAUGUGACCCCAGGGGCCGGAGAAUGACCUCUGAGGAUGACCAAUCCCUGGGAAACCUGUCCGAUGCGUCGGCCACCACUGCGAGCAGCCCUCAGUCCAGGAGUCUCGCCCUGCUGGAGGAUGUGUGUACCUCUCUGGAGGAGAACUGCCACCUGGUUCCACCAACACCUCCGCCUUCUACCGAAGGAGAAGAUGAGAAAAGCACGGAGAGCAGCGUGAACGAGAUAUGGAGGGAGGACGAAGGCAAAGAGAAAGAGGAGGAGAUGAGGAGCUCAGAGGAGAAAGAAGAGCGGGAGUUCUUACAUGCACAUCCAAGAGACUGUGAAGAUGACAAACAGCUGCUCGUUGACGAGGACAAUGCUUCAGAGGCGGUGGACACGAACGCUCCUCCUUCAUCAUCUUCUUCGUCAUUUGUCAUCCCCGAGCUGCGAUUAGAUCGCUCCUUCAGUGCGGACGCCCUCUCCACUCCCGGCACCGAUGAAGAGUAUGAGGAGGAUGAGGAGGAUGAUGAGGAGGAAGAGGAAGACAGUGACGAUAACUACCUGGAACGCAGUGACAGUAAACGGAGGAGCAUGGUAGAGGCCUCUUCUUGCGAAAAGCACCCGGGUGGACUCAGCGUCCAGAAUUCACUGCGCAGACGCACACACAGCGAGGGCAGUCUUCUCCAGGACCCCCGCACAUCUUGCUUCACGUCUGAUAAUGCCAUCAACUGCAUGGAGGGGUCAGGGACACACAAGGGCGGCUGGACGCUUCCGUCACCCAAAACCCUGAAGAAAGAGCUGACUAAGAAUGGAGGGUCCAUGCACCAGCUGUGUAUGCUGUUCUCCGGAAGAAAACUGAGCGCCGGCUCCGAAUGCAGCUGUGACGUGGGUCCUGACGGGACCAAGAAGAAGAAAUCCAAAAACCUGGCCAAAGACAUGAAGAACCGACUCGCUUUCCUGAGGAGGAGGAAUGAGUCUCCCGGAAGCACCCCAGCCGGCAAGCUCGACAAAACCUUGAAGUCUGUCAAGCCCACUCCAGAAGAGGCAAUGAAGUGGGGUGAAUCGUUGGACAAGCUGCUGGUCCACAAAUAUGGGCUGGCAGCGUUUAGAGCUUUCUUGCGCACAGAGUUCAGUGAAGAGAAUCUGGAUUUCUGGCUGGCCUGCGAGGAUUACAAGAAGAUUAAAUCGCAGUCCAAGAUGACAUCGAAAGCUAAGAAAAUCUUUGCGGAAUUCAUCGCCAUCCAGUCCUGUAAAGAGGUGAAUCUGGAUUCCUACACCAGGGAACACACUAAAGAGAACCUGCAAGACAUCAAUCGCUCUUGCUUCGACCUGGCCCAGAGGAGGAUAUACGGCCUGAUGGAGAAAGACUCGUAUCCUCGAUUUCUGCGCUCGGAGCUCUACAUGGACUUAGUGAACCAAAAGAAACCAAGCACCACGUCGACAUCCUCGUCCUCCUCUUAAGACGACAGAGAGAGAGAGAGAGAGAGACACUAUAAAGAGUAGCAUCCGCGAGGUUUCUUUCACUUAGCGUUUCAUUGUCAUCAGCCAUUCUUAUCUGUUAACGUGGCAAAAAGAGUGGAGAAAUGCACGAGGCAUCGUUUACAAACGGCGAAAGAUAGAGGAAAAGGUAGCGUGACCCGACCCGAUGGCGCUGGACGAGUGGGGCACCGCCACGCUGAAUAAUGCUGGUUAUUCCCAUUUGAAUGUUAUUUAAUUUGUGUACUGGAGAAACGGAGGCCGUUACGGCCUCUUCAACACUAUGCCAACUGGGUACUGUUUCGCCUCUUCCCGUUCUUCUGAUGGAGCACUGCUGGUGCCACCAACCUCUCGUUGUUCUCCAUUUCAUGAUGACAUUCGAAAAUGUCUCGUCCCUUCGCGGUUGGACGUCUGGAUGGUGGAGAACGUCGACGAUCAUGCACUUACUGCUCAAUUGUGUUCCUGUGAACCUUCCUCCAUGUCUUUCGACUCCAUGUCACACGAUGAAGUUGCUGGCACAAAAUAUAAUUUAAACAAAUAAAUGUAGAGGAAUGGACCAAACUGCAGCUGAAGACCGGAGCGUUUCGCUCCGGGCUGGAAACGGACUGUCGUUGGUCUCUAAAGACUGUAGAAAACACGCUUCGCUGCGAUCUGUAAAGCCAAUAAGCCAUUCGUUGUAGCUUGACAUAUUAAGAAUGGAAGAGACAGUAUUCUCAGGACAUUACGGCACUCGACUAUGAAGCUUCCAGACUUAUUUAACCGUUUGUUUCCUCCCUUUUCUGACUUUAGGUUUAAUCAUGCACUCUAUAUUUAAUAGGGCACAAGGUCGGUUAGGAUCUGUCCCUGUGUUUGUUAAUAAGACGACAUGUUUUACCAGUACAGAAACUUAGUUAUUUAUUUAGAAGUCUCACUGGUUGCUUUGUACAUUGCACUCAGCCGAAUUUCCCUUUUCCACUUUGAUCCAGGUCCACAGCUGUCCUGAUGUAAGUGCAAUAUGUUUAUUAUUUGUUGACUUAUCUUAUGGAUAAGUUUACCUUUUUUAUGAAAAAGACAACGGAUUGAGCUCUGCAUUAAUAUUAUUGUAUAAGUUACAGGUAAUGUAAGAAUUACAUUAGUACACAAAUUAUUCUAACUGUGUUUCCCUGGCAGCAGGCAGCCGGGUUAAUGGAUGUAUAUAUGAUUCUUAAGAAAAAAAACGAUUAAAAAAAGAUAAAAACACACCACGAAGCGUUUGCUGUACCUAUGUAAAUAUGUGAACCUUAAAGCUAUAAAAUGGCAUGUAUUGUUAUAAAUCUGGACGGAGCAGGUAUGGCCGUCCUCUGGUGUGGGCGUACACUGCUUGUAAGUAGUUAUAUGAAAUGUAUUUUAUCAUUUUCACUGUUUACAAUUCCGACGCACCUCCUAAGAUAGCAAGUGCAAAAGAAAACAGAGGUUUUAAAAAAGCCAGUGUCAUUGCAAAACACAAAAUAAAACAUUUAGAUGGUAAAAUCGGA